AUGCGCUUCAUACUCCUCCCUGUGGUCGCUCUCGCAACUACCGCUCUCGCCAACACAAACCUCACCUUCACCAAACGCACCGGCGAAACCUUCAACUUCGAGCUCGGCCCCGUCUCCGGCUGGUUUGACGUCUCUUCCGCCGAGCUGUACAUCGACAUCGCGACCGUCGCUGUCACGACCGACUCGUCGGAGGUCGCAGCGUGCUAUGUUAGCAGCAACUCGCUCAGCCAAAGCAAGUGGGUGCUGUCUGAUCCGUUUGGGGGUUCGACGGAAUUUGGCGGCGCGGAUGUGAAGUUUGUUAGUUGUCAGGAGGACUGGGAGUUGCCGGAGUGGAUUGGGAAGGAUGCUGUUACUAUUGAUUAG